AGUUAGAAAACACAAGACCAGACAAAGUGACAAACAAAUAAUCUGUUGGGAAAAGAAAAAAAGAAGAAGAAUGAAGGGAAGCAAGAGGCCGAUCCACACCGUCACGACAUGGUUUCGGCGGCAACCGCCCAAGAUGAAGGUCUUUCUUGCGGUGCUAAUCGGCCUGGCCGCCUUGCUCUUCCUCAGAAUCGUUGUUCAUGACCACGAUAGCCUUUUCGUUGCCGCGGAGUUUGUCCAUGCAUUAGGAAUCUCCGUCCUCAUUUACAAACUCACCAAGGAAAAAACCUGUGCCGGGCUUUCGCUGAAAUCGCAGGAGCUGACGGCAAUAUUCCUAGGCGUAAGACUUUACUGCAGUUUUGUGAUGGAAUAUGAUAUACACACCCUACUCGAUAUGGCAACAUUGGGAACGACCAUCUGGGUUAUCUAUAUGAUACGCUUCAAACUCAAAUCUAGUUAUAUGGAUGAUAAGGAUAACCUUGCAAUAUACUAUGUGGUGAUACCUUGUGCUGUGCUGUCCUUGUUUAUUCAUCCAACAACCCGGCAUCAUACAGUUAAUAGGAUUCUCUGGGCAUUUUGUGUUUAUCUUGAAGCUGUCUCUGUUCUCCCUCAACUGCGGGUUAUGCAGAACACUAAGAUCGUUGAACCAUUCACAGCACACUAUGUUUUUGCCCUGGGAGUUGCAAGGUUCUUGAGUUGUGCACAUUGGGUUCUCCAGGUAAUAGAUACUCAUGGACGUCUACUAACUGCAUUGGGUUACGGAUUGUGGCCUUCAUUUGUUCUUCUAUCAGAAAUUGUUCAAACUUUCAUCCUGGCAGAUUUUUGCUAUUACUACGUCAAAAGUCUUGUCGGAGGACAACUUGUUGUUCGGCUUCCUGCAGGAGUGGUGUAAUUUUCACAUUCCUUCUCAGAUUCCUCAAGUUGAGAAAUCCUUUGGCUUGUGGCACUUAGAAAGUCAGAAUAGAUAUAGCAGCUAGAGGAGUUUGAUAGGUUAUGUAUACGCGUCACCGAGUGAAUUUGAGUUGAGAAUGUACUACACAUGUAACUUUCUGAAAUUUUAGUUUAUCUUUUGUUUUCAUCACAGUUCUUCAACUUAGUAUUAAGAAAAAGAGGAGUUUGACACUCA